AGGAGGGCUCCUAAAAGUGAGUUUCCUACAGACCCGUUUCGACAAUUUCCAAAGCAGACAACCCUCGGGACGGACUGCAGGGCGCAUUUACACAGGCUGUUGGAUACCUACUUCCUUUUGCACGCUCGUUAUUUGACUAAGAGUGGAGAAACAGCGACGUUAUUCAUCAUGGGAGCGACACCAUCCGUGCAGCGGGAUGCGAAGAGCCCUGAAGAUGCGCCAGAGGACAUCAGCGCGGAGCUCAGCAACACUCAGGAUGGAGAAAACGGAGACGGCAAGCCUCUUCAGAAGAACGGACAGAUCUCCAUUUCCAGUCUUAAUGGGAAGACAGAUGUUCAAACAGAGUAUAAUGGCCACACAGAGGAGAACCCACCAGCUGAGGUUGGACAGACGGACACCAUUACCCAAAAAGAAGACAGCCCUGAAACAACUGAGGUGCAUCAAGAAGAGGUUGCCCCUCAGGUUAAUGGAGACAAAGGAGACAAUUCUGCAAAUGUAGAUGAAAUUACAGCUACAGAAGAGAAGGCAGAAGAGGAAAAACAAGAGGAGGCCAAUGAGGUGGGCUUCAAGAAGAUCUUCCGUUUUGUUGGAUUCAAGUUCACACUGAAGAAAGACAAGAAUGAGAAGACUGAGCCUGUGCAACUGCUGACAGUGAAGGAAGCAGAGAGUGGUGCAGAUGCAACUUCUGAGGAAAAGAAAGAGGAACCUGCAACAGAGGAAGACAAAUCUGUGGAAGACAAAUCACCAGAGACUACAGAAAAAGACAAAAAGGCCACAACUGAAGAAGUGAUUGAUAAGGCAGAAGAACCAGCAGACCAAACUUUAGUUGAUGUCCCAUCAGAGACUGAAAAGGCCAGUGAGGAGGUGACUGAAAAAUCUGCUGAAGAAAUGGAGUCAUUAUCAGAGAAAGAACCUGAGUCAGAAGUGCCAACUGAAUCGCCUACAAGUCCACUCUCUCAAGAGACACAGAGUCCCUUUAAGAGGUUUUUCACUCAGGGAAUCUUUUCUAACCUUCGGAAGAAGGCAAGCUUCAAAAAGCCCAAAGAUGAGGAACAAGUCAAGGAAAAGUCUGCAGAGGAGGACAUUCAAGAAACUGAAGAGACAGCAGAGGGUGCUAUUGAGGGUACAGAGGAAGUUAAAGUGGAUGCAGAGAAAGAACCAGCUGAGGGUGAGCAGAUAGAGAAACCUUCUGAAAAGGUUGAAACUAAAGCUGAAAUGACAACUGAAACAACUUCCACUGAGACAGAAGAGCCACAAGAUCUUAAAGUAGAAGCUGAGGCUGCAAGUGAAGCUGAAGCUCAAACCACUGAUGAUUCAAAACCAACAAUUGACAAGCCAGAUGUUUCAGAAGUGGUGACAACUGAAGCUGAAAUCCUGUCAUCUCAGGAGAAAUCCAAGCCUCAGGGAAGCCCACUAAAGAAGCUAUUUACAGGAGCAGGACUUAAAAAGCUCUCAUCCAAAAAGCAGAAGAGUAAGAAAGAAGCAGAGUUAAAGCAAACAGAAUCAAGUGAACAAGUUGCUGAAAACAUUCAGUCAUCCAGUGAGUCAGCUGAGCCCCAGAAACCUGACAGUGGAGCAUCAUCUCCAGAAGAAUCUGGUGAGCAUCUUGUAGGGGAGGUAACUCAAGCUGAGGUAGCUCAAGCUGAGGUAGCUCAAGCUGUGGAGACUAAUGGUGAGCCAGUCACUUCUGAUAGUGAGAAGAAGAAAGAUGGAAUUUUACCUUGGUCUUCUUUCAAAAAACUAGUCACUCCAAAAAAACGUGUCAAAAGGCCCUCUGAGAGUGAAGAUGAAGCACCUGGAGACAAACCCAAAUCUUCUACCCUAUCUUCAACUGAAAGUGCCAUCUUUGAUGAGAAAACCGAUGAGCCUAAACCUUCUGAAGAGGUACCAUCUGAGUCUAAAGAAGAGUCACAGACAGAAUCAAAGGCUGAGCCAAAAGUUGAGAAGCCUGAACCAGUUGCAGAGGAACCAAAAAGAAAAAUGGAUACAUCUGUGUCCUGGGAAGCCCUUAUUUGUGUGGGGUCAUCUAAAAAAAGGGCCAGAAAGAGUUCUGAUUCUGAUGAUGAAGAACCUAAGAUUGAGGAAGAAGUGCAGCAGUCAGGAGAAGAGCAGACAAAGGCCACUGAGUCACCUCUUGUAAGCUCUGGUGAAGCUGACCAUGAGAAUUCGGCUUCUUCACCUGAACCAGAGGAAGAACUCGUGUCUACCUGGGAAUCUUUCAAGAGGCUGGUAACCCACAGAAAGAAACCUAAAGCAGAAGACAAGUCUGAUGAUGCCUCAGGCCCGGAGCAUACAACCUCUGACAGUGAAGCCCCCAAAGAAGAAUCCUCUUUCUCUUUGAGGAAAUUGAUUCCACGCAGGAAGAAGAAGUCUGAUGGUAAACAAGAGCAGAUCUCUUCUGACAUUGGCUCUGCAGAGGAUGAUUCUGACACUCCAGCUGUGGUGCCUCUUUCAGAAUAUGAAAAUGAACCAACUGCAGAAGUUGCUGUUAAGGCAGAGGAAGUGAAGCAAGAAUCUGCACCAGUCACUCAGGCAAAAGCCUCAGAUGAGGAUAGAUCACCGUCUUGGAUCUCAACCACUGUGGAAAAUGUUGAGGAUGACACAGAGGGAAAGCAAUUGAGUGACAUACCCGAAGAAGGAGACACAGCUGCCACACCCAAAUCAACUGAUAACACUAUUGCAGAGGACAUUGUUGAGCUUACAUCAGAAGCAGUUACGGCCCUUGAACAAGUAGAGGACACUGAAAUGAUUUCUGCUGUAUCAUGUGUUACAACAUCACCAGUUACAUCAGGUGAGACAACUCCUGUCCCAGGUGAUUGUGUAGAGAAGAAGACCGAUGUAGUACUACAAGAAGCUGUGGAAACUUUCAGCGUCACCACAAAUGCCAUGGCUGUCACCAUGACUAAGGAACAGGAAAACAUAGUUGCAGUCACCACUGAUGCUCUUUUGGUCGAGUCAGCUAUCAAGGACGAGAAAACAGUCUUGGUUGCACAUGAGAAAACAGAGGCAAUUGCUGUUUGCACUGGCCUUGUCACUAGUGAAAUAAAGGCAGUGGAGGAAGAAAGCCUCACUCAGAAGCCUUCAGUAGAGUCGAUAACAGUUGUUAGCCAGGUGCUUGUCACAGAGUUGGCUGUUGAAGACAAAACACAAGAGCCUGAAAAGUCCAGUGUGACUGAGGAUGAGGUUCAUGAGGCUCAGAUGAGUGGAGGUCAGACAGAGCUCACAGAAAAUGCUAUUGAUGAGAAAACACAGUUUGAAGAGAUAAAGGAGACACCUGAACCUGAGUCUGUGACUGAUCUCCAAGAAGUAGCAGCAGUCAAAGUAGCACUCAUUAAUUCUGUACAACAGGAACCAGAGUUUCUUGAAGAGCCAGUGGUGGCAGAAAAAUCCCCUCAGGUUGAGGCUGCAGGUCCUGUUGAACCAACUGUUGAAGAUUCAAUCUGUACUCAAACUGUAGAAGUCACUGAAGUUGCUGUUGCUGAAGGUGAGAAAGUGCAAGAACUGGAGGAUGUUAAAGAAGUUAAAGUCACAGUUGAGGUAUCGUCUGUGGAGGGAGUUGCCAUUGCUGUAACAGAGGAGGUCAUGGCAAACCUUCCAGAGGUGCCUGCUUCUCAAACUGCUGGGUCUACAGAAGAUCCCAUUUCUGUUAUAGCUGCCACUGAAGAAUUUGCAGUCAUGAAAGAGACUGUUUGUGUUAUAAGCUCAGCAUCUGAGAUGCCAGAAUCCCAUUCAGCAGAUCUAGCUCAUGAAACUGUUAUGGAAAAGGUUCCUCUUGUUCUUCCCACACCUGACCACAAAAUCCAGGUUAUAGCGAAUGAUGCUGAGGUUGACUCUGCUCAAGAAAUUGUUGAGGGAAACUUAGAAGUAACCUCAACAAAAGUUAGUAUUGUGGUUGAGGAAGUUACUGAAAAUGUGAAAGAAGAAACUGAAGUGAUCCAAGCAACCCAAGUGACAGAAGAAGAAAUCAUUGAGAAACAGGGCAGUGUUAUUGUGCAAGAGGUCAUUCAAAAUGUUGUAGAGAAUCUUGCUGAGGCACAUGCAGAACAAAAAGUGCCUGAGAAGACUAGUGAGGAGGUAGAACCCUGUACCACAUCAGUAGAUGUCAAAUUUGAAGAGGCCCCAGCAGUUUCUGGAAUGAUUGAGGAAAACCCUUCAACAGAUGUUGUUUCGGAGGAAAAAGCUCCUGUAGAAACAAGCCCAGAGAAGCCAAAAGCAUCUAACGAUAUCUGCAAAGAUGAUGAUGAACAAACUCACAUGGUCACUGAGAAACCAGUGAAAACAGUUAACGACACCAUUCUGAUUACAGAAACAGUUACGGUUUCUAUCACAGAUGAAAUCCAACCUCAAAAUGAGGAGGUUGCCACUGUCUCUGUGGAAGAUGUGCAUCAAGAAAUAGAAGUAACAAAAGGUGAAGUUGAACUUAAGAAAGCAGAAGAGAAAAAGUUUAGUGGAACCACAGAACGUGAAGAAGGAAAAAGUCAAGCUGAAUCAGAUCCAAAGGAAGUGCCAAAAGAAAUCCAGCAAGAGACACAAGCUUCAGAGGUUUCAGAAGCCAUAAAAGAGGAAAAGAUGACAGAAACAUCUGUUACAGGUGCAAGUCAAGACCAGAUUGUGGCUGAGCAGUGUCAAAUGGCACAGGAGGUACAGAUUGAGACUGCACAGGAAUUUAAAGUUGGUGUUAUAAAUGUCAUAAAUGCAGAUGAUGAACCUGUUCAAGACCCGGGUACAAACAUGAAAGAAGAAAGUUCAGAGGGUCAGGAAUCAGUAGAAGACAAGCCUCAAAAAGACUUGGAAGAACCUCAAUCAGAGGUUUCAGCACAGGACACGACAAACCAGGGAGAGUCCAGAGAUCCAGAUUGUCAAAAGACAGAUGCUGAAAAUGUACCUGCCAAACUGGAGACUGCUACUGAGAAGACAGAAAAUGCCAUUACAGUGGAGGAGGGAAUGGAGGAGGUCAGGAAUGAGAUCGAGCCUGUCUCCACAGAGGUUGUCACAGUGUCAUGAGCAGUCUUGCAUGUAGAAAGCGGUCACAUGACUGGGGCACAGAGCUUUCCGGAAAGCAGAAAGUGAGUGGCAGCCAUGGAGGAUACUAAGAGACAGUGCUCUGUAGCAACUCCCAGAGCAGGAGACUCGAGGCCAAUCUCCCUUCUCUCUCUUCUUAAAUCCAUCCACUCAUCCCUUUUCCUUUUUCCAAAUUACUUAUAACUCAGCUGCCAUAUCACGAGGUCUUGCACCUCACUGGACUCAUCGAGGGAUCCCCCCUACUCCCACUUUCCUGUAUUUUGCCAAAUUGCAUCAGAUGCCAUUUUCCCACCUGCAAAUUUUGUGAUGACAUUUUCUUUUUUAUUAGUUGUCAGCAGCCUGUCGAAUGGAGAGAAUAUGUAUGUGUUGUUCUUGUAUGAGCGUAUGUGUGUCUGUGGUGUUGAAGUUGGUGAGUUGUUAUUUUGUAUAUUGUAUUUAAAUCUAAAAUAUUCUCUCAAGUCUCUCAAACAUGUUCUAACAUUCUAAAAAAAAAACAUUGAAAUCGGCAUCAUGCUGGUGUAAAACUACAAAAUAUUAUUUAGACAGGUAAUUUUAACAAACAUGGUACAGAUACACCCGCUACAGCAAAUGAAAAAGUGCUUAAUAUGCUGUGGAUGUAAUGUGAAAAUUAAGUAAAAUUCAGUUAACUCUGAAACACAAUAUCCAGCCAUUAUCAUCUACAUUCUCACUGUAUAGAUAUACUACUUCUUCGUCCCUUACUGUGAAAUGUUGUCUUUUUAUUAUGUGUAUUUAUCAUAUACAAUCACAAUGAACAGUUUCACCAUUAAUGUGUGAUUAAUGAAAGAUUUUAAGAAACAGAUGUUCAGUUUGAUUUGCUUUUAGUGGUACCCUGUGAAAAUUGAUGAUCAUGAUGAUAAAUGCCUGCAUGAGUAGUAUUGUCCUCAAAAUACAUGUGCACUUCACUGUUUAACGGCCUUAGCGAAUGCAUGUUUCAACACCAAAAAUGCACCUGAGGUUAAAAGAAGAUUGUGAGAUAAUUGUGCAAGGAGAAUUGAAGUAACAUCAUGUAUUGGUAAACUCUCCAACACAGGUUACACAUGGUUUUAAUUCUCAGAUAUGUGGGUAUUCAGUAAUAUAGUGUAGAAUAUUUUUCACAUUCCUAAUCUCUGGAUCAAGGACUAUUUCUUUGAAAGACGUCAUAGAUGCCUUAUUGUCAGUCUCUUUGAAGUGAGUAUAUUAUAGCCAUACAUGCAGAUGGGAAGAUGAGGAAAGCAUUUCAAAAUCAAAUGUAAAUGAGUGACAGUUGUUGUGUAUUUGGAUGAUGAUGAUGGCAAAAUGUAAAGCAAAGUAAAUUGUAGUAAUUUCAGGUCUAUUUUUUAAUAUGUGAUUCUCGAAAUGUAUGUGCUGGUCAACAUUCAGAAAGUCUGCAUUCAGAGUCUGCACAGCGGUGCAUUAUCUUGAAUAGAAAAACAGCUUUGCUACUACUGUCACGCUUUGAAUGAACAGCCCACUCACAUUCUUUUCUUAGCUUUUUAUAAUACAGUCUACUGUGAAGCUCUUUAACAUUUGUACAAACUGUAUACCUAUGUACCUUGUCAUAUUGUAAUAUUAACAAAUAACCAAUGAAACCAUUAAGGAAUGUUAUAUACCAGUAGCAUGAGUCUCAAUUCUUUUUGUAUUCUUCAAGCUGUUAAUAGUAUGGUUACCAAAUCAUGUCUAUAUUUCAUUUAAAUAAAGCUAGUGUAAAUCAA